AUGUUCAUGUGUGUGCAUGUAUGUGCGCGUGCUUAUGUGUUGUCCCUUUCGUUCUUUUUGUCGUUACGGGUAGUGAUGUACGCUGUGAAACCGUGGGGUAAGGUCCUGCUCGUUGGCAGCGGUGUAGGCGCGUAUGCGAUGGGGAUAGGCAUGCGGUGGAGAGAGUCUAAUGUCCAGUUAGUCGAGAAGCGGCGUGAUCCCAGCCAUGAGCUCAGCAACAGGAGACGUUGCGUGAUUACAAGCCAAACACUGAAACUCCUAAGGGACCUCGGCUGCACUAAUGCCAAGGUCGAGAGGAUUCUUCAAAAGGCUAAGGGUUGGCGUUUUGUUAGGCCAGACUUGGAGACGAUUAGGGAAGGCAGUAUUUUUCCUGGUUGUGCAGAUGGUGAGUCGGUGUACCAUUGCGCGGAGGGUGCACUGCAGCGCACACUGCGCACCGAGUACUUACGGUUCGGUGGUGACAUCAGUUGGGAGACGGAAGCUUUUGAUGCAUUUGAGACAGGUGAUGGAAGUGGGGCUUGGAGCUUGCAGAAGAUGUAUGGCCUUGAAACAGAGGCUGAGGCCAUCAUCACGACCGCUAAAGGAACCUCACUUGCCUCGCUCGUGAUUGCGGACGAUCCCGACCGGCUGGCGGUGUUAUUUGACGAAGAGACAGGCGUCUCCCCGGGGGGAAGGCAGACCACGGAAAGAAUCUUUGGAGCAGCUGAUGUAGUAAUCGUUGUGGGAUCAGGGUUGGUAAUUCACAUGUGGCAUGCUGAUAAUGUCAUUACAUGGAGGCUCAUUAGAAAAGCCCGGAGGGAAAUUCAAGAUCUCCACUCUAUAGCACUACAUCCAGCUAUCCAAGAGGUGCUAGGGAGCAGUACCAGCAAGUCCUCCCGCGUCUUGAUCGUUCCAGCCACCACACCAGCAAUAAAAGACUCUGCCCGCGAUGUAAAAGUGAGCGUGUUGGGCGAUGGCCUGCUCCCUGUUGAUCCAUUUGAGUGGCGGGGUGAUCGGGCGCGAUGUGGUGUGGAGGAGGCGUCGGCGCUCUGCCGGGCCUUUUACGGGAAAAAGUACCACCGCGGUAACGUUCCUCGCCUCUUGAGAGAGGUGGAACAGGACGCGCUAGCGAAGCGGGCGGCCAUACUCGCGAGAGAUCUAAGGGAUGCUGAGCAUUUUUUGGCUGUUCUUCCAAUUAUUGAUGGGGAAGACCAUGCUCAUACAGAGAGCACGUUCUCUCAAUUGCCAAAGUAA